UUCACUACUUCCUUCAUCACGCUUACAGACUCCUCUCUCGGAUCAGCACUUGUCACGCCAACAGUCAGGUUUCGUCUACUGUAACUCAGAGCAAAAGCAACCAGCGAUACAUUCCAGUCCAGAUUAUACAGCGUACGAUCGCGACUCAUGCCGUCUUACGGCUCUGUUGGUUCACAUAAUUCUCUUCGCAAGAUGGAGGCUGGUUACGGAAGCCCAAGUGGCAGGAGAUCAUUCAGUAUUGGCCGCAUUAUUGGGGAUCCAUUCUCACUGGCUACCGUGUCAAUCGCGAUGCUUGCCUGGCUGAUCGCAUUGGUAUCUUCAAUCAUCGGUGCCAUUCAAGCAGAUUAUCCAAACUACCAGUGGUGGGCAGUAGUCUAUCAAUUCUUCUGCAUUUCGGGCGUGUUCUUUGUUGAAGCCACUGACACUGCCUUCACCUAUCACGUUGCUAUUGUUGGAUCUCUCGGAGCUGCAUUGGUGAUGACGACGGCUUCAGUCAAUUCUUUAGUCUAUAACCCAAAUGGGGCUAUCGAAGCAGCAGCAGCCGGCUUCAUUUUGCUUUCAAUGGUCAACAUCGUUUGGAUGCUAUAUUAUGGGUCUCAACCUGGUGCUGCCCACAAAGCUUACGUUGAUUCCUUCUCCCUUCACAAGGCUGGACAAUCCCGGGCCUCACGCUCGGCUUCGCAAGCUUUCGGCACCAGACCAGACACUUCGAUCACAAAUCCUCCUCCGCAAAUGUAUACCUCAGCCCAGCUCAACGGUUUCGAGACCUCCUCUCCUGUUUCCGGCUUCCCAGGUGGCGCUCCUGGCCAAGAUCGCAGCUCGCAAGCCCGUUUCGGACCAACGACCACCAACCCAAUGCAGAACAUGUCUCCGACAGACGGUACCAAUGACAAUAACGAGGCCGGUGGCAACGUUGAGUACCCGUAUCGUGCGAAGGCUAUAUACAGUUAUGAAGCCAACCCCGACGAUGUGAACGAAAUAAGCUUCCAAAAACAUGACAUUCUGGAGGUCUCAGACGUCAGUGGCAGAUGGUGGCAAGCUAAGAAGCCAAAUGGCGAGACUGGUAUCGCUCCCAGCAAUUACUUGAUCCUCUUAUAAUCGCCCUUCCCUCGAUGUUCCAGCGGACAUCGUGGGACGUGUAAUGACGCUUAAUGACUCCUUCCUUCAUGUUCUUCUGGGCCGCGUUUUGGUUUCGAUUUUCAAAUUCAGGCUGCACGUCAACAACAUAUGAGCGACUCACGUGCGAGGUUCUUUAUGGACUGGGAUUUCCGUCCUGGGAUAGCGCCUGGGGAUUCGACAUCCAUCAUGGUCUAUAUCUCAUGGUUAUUCGCAUGGCUCAGCCAUUGGCUCCCAACAUAGUCAUCAACAUGUGCCGGCUAUUGCAUAUCAUGAAGUACUAGC